AUGCUGCACGGCAUCGACAGGAGCCUGACGCUCCUCGAAGGUACUGGCGUUACCCUGGCCGUCGAUGGAGCGGCGCCGGUCGCGCUAGAGAUAAACUCGCCCUUUGCUUUCCCUGGCGAUGUGAAGACCGACUGCAACGUGGGCUCUGCAACGGGGCGAGACUUGAACGCAAUGUGGGACCGGAGCCGCUGUACGGCGUCGGUUAACGUCGUCACCGCCCCCACAGCGGUCGAUUUCCCCGUCGAGUCGGCAGUGGCGUUCGCCGUGGCCCUUGCCGAUGAGGCCUCUUUAGCAAUCUCUGGCAACGACAGUGGAGCCGACUGCAUACCAACGCUGCUCGCAAAGGAGGACGCAAUGCGAAUGGACGUCGACUCCGUGGGAAAGGGCGCGGCUGGAAGCGCGACGCGUUCGCUACAGGUCCUCUCCGGCACGGUCUACGUGGCAUUUUUCUGUGCGGAGUGA